AUGGCCGCGCUGAUCAGAAAGCUCUUGGAGUCGGUAGUCUCCGCCCGCAAGAACUCGACCUCGGAUUCGUCGUCCACGUCGUCGUCGUAUGCGUCGUCUCUGGGGGAGCUCGAUCCGAUUCCGACGGAGCUGCUGAUGCAGAUACUGAGGCUGGUGGGGCCCAAGGAAGCGGCGAGGCUUAGCGUGGUGUGCAAGGCGUGGCGGUCGCUGGUCGCCGACGACGAGCUCUGGAUGUUCUUCUGGCAGACUCAGCAGCAGCAGGAGCCGCGUUGGGAGAGCGUUUUGUUCUCCGAGACUUAUCUGCGAUCCGGUCCACCUAUUCAACCAUUGUGGAGUGAGGUGCCUCGGUUGAGUUUGAUGUCUAUUUAUGGUCAGAGAGCGCAAGUUCCUGGCGCUAUUAUCAUCGAUGGUGGCUCUGGCUAUUGCAAGUUUGGUUGGAGCAGAUAUGCUUGUCCAUCUGGGCAGUCAGCAACCUUUCUGGAAUUUGGUAACAUUGAGUCUCCAAUGUACUCCAGACUCCGCCAUUUUUUUGGUACUAUUUAUAGCAGAAUGCAGGUGAAACCAUAUAUGCAGCCUGUGGUUGUUUCUAUACCACUCUGUCAUUAUGAUGAUACUGAAUCUGCCAAAGCAUCGAGAAAGCAGCUCAAAGAAGCCAUAUAUAGAGUAUUGUUUGACAUGAAUGUCCCUGCUGUCUGUGCAAUUAACCAGGCAACUCUAGCUUUAUAUGCAGCAAGAAGAACUUCUGGCAUUGUUGUAAAUAUUGGCUUCCAGGUCACUUCUAUUGUCCCAAUUUUAAAUGGUAAAGUAAUGCGGAAGGUGGGUGUAGAAGUUACGGGAUUGGGAGCAUUAAAGCUUACGGGGUUCCUCAGGGAGCUGAUGCAGCAGAACAAUAUCAAUUUUGAAUCACUUUACACCAUCCGAACUAUAAAAGAGAAACUAUGUUAUGUUGCUGAGGAUUAUGAAACUGAACUAUCUAAAAACACACAAGCAUCAUUUGGAGCCGGCGGAGUAGGUUGGUUUACUCUUUCAAAAGAGCGUUUUCAAACAGGAGAGAUCUUAUUCCAGCCACGACUUGCAGGAGUGCGUACCAUGGGUUUGCACCAGGCUGUCGCUCUUUGUAUGGACCAUUGCCAUUCAGCAGAAUUAACAGCCGAUGAUUCUUGGUUCAAGACUGUAGUCUUGGCAGGAGGCAGUGCAUGUUUACCAGGACUUGCAGGGAGAUUAGAGAAGGAAUUGCAUGGACUUCUUCCUCCAUCUGUGUCCAAUGGAAUCACUGUCGUUCCCCCUCCAUUUGGUGCAGAUACUGCAUGGUUUGGGGCUAAACUAAUCAGCAAUUUGAGCACCUUCCCUGGUCCUUGGUGCAUGACAAAGAAGCAGUUCCGGCAGAAGUCUAAAGUCAAACUAUGGUGAAUACUUAUGCUGGUUUAUCUAUCUGAGCAAUGCCGUGGCUCAUAAGUGAUGUGGAAUCCAGAUACCACAAGCCUCAUGAUAAAGCGUAAGAUGAGGCUUUGCCCAAGUAUAGGAUUGUAUCAAGAUAUUUGUAGGUUCAAAUGUGGAUUUGCUAUUUUCCUCAGUUUUGCAGUUUUCCAAGCUCAUUGCAGUAUCAACCUGAUAUUGAGCAUCAAAAGCAGACUUCCAACAGUAUAUGUACGCCAGAAUCAAAUGCAAAUUUCAAGCUCAUGGAUUUCUAAUAGUCUGUUAACCCUAUCCCACAUUCUGUAGAUUUCUUUUUGCCUGCUAUGGUUAAUGGUGCCUGCUACAAACUCCUGGA